UUUUCCAUCAAGAUCUGAUUGAUUGAUUCGGAUCAGAUGACUACCCCAACCAAUGGCUACAUGAGUUGAGGAUAACCUCCCCUGUGGCCUAAGUCUUUAUCUAGAUCGCACACACGCGACACGGGGCAGUCUACCUUGAUCAAGCCGUCCAUUUUGUCUGGCAAUAGAUUCUGACCAUUUGAACUUAGAAGUGUCUGCAAUUUCGCUCGGCCCUUUCGAUCUAAACAGCUUGACGACUGACGACUGACGAGGAAGUGAGUUAAAUAAAAGCUUGAAAAAAAUAGAGCCAGAGACACGAGGAGCUGUGUGUUUAAGAAUAUAAGAAUAAAAUACUAAGGUUCACUCAGAGAACUGUGUUGGUUAAAGUGUAUUACUAACCACUGAGAGAUAGCUGUGAAUGCUUGCAAACUGCUGAAACUAGCCUCAAAGAACUUCCGUAGUAACACGAGCUACAUCCGGACACUUAUGAUAUACUUUAAUCCAAUAUGUCAAAUCUAAAGGACAAAAAUGAUUCUGCCGAUAGCCAUACAAAUGUGGUCUCAGAGCAAGACGUUGCACGCUUCUUUACAGGUGCGCAUGAGGUUCAAGAAUGUCUUGAAGGUGAACGUGAGAUUGAUCUACAAAUGCACCUGGUGCACUGUACGAAAAAUCCUGGACAUGCAGGGUUUAUAAGCGUGAAGGCGUUAACCACUGAACAUUUCCCUUCUGGUUACCAAGACAACGAAUUGUUGGACUUUAUUAAAGCUACAGCUGAGUUAACUGUCAGAGUUGCGGUUGAGUUCACCAGUCCAGGCAGGCCAGAGUUUGUACCAGACACUGAUGUUCCUUAUCCUUGCUGCAAACUUAGGGGAAGUAACAGAUUGCAUACAGGGACUGGGAUGGUGGGGGGUGUAAUAAAGUACACAGAGGGAAUGAAUGACUACAGAACUUGUCCAUGUCCUGACUGUGACUCUGACAAACCCUGCAAAGAGUGGUGGGAGGUUAAGGUGUUGACAGCCAGACAUGUAGUUUUUGAUACGAAAGAGGCGAGAAAGACGAGCUGUAGACUAUGGUUUGACGACGAUACAAGUCCAGUGGUCAAGAUUUAUGGGUGGAAGGUGAGUGAGUCAGACACUGGCAAGGACAUGUGUUGGUUGCAUUGUGUGACUCACGAUAUAGGGAUAGGUACAAAGCUGGAAGAGAUGGACAUGCGCUUUACUAUCCUACUUAAACAAAUAAAUGAUAAGUACAUGGGGAUUAGAAACAAGGACAAUCUUGUCAUAAUAGUGUCACACCCUCAUGGCUGUUCUAAACAAGUUUCUGUGGGUCACUGGGUACACAGAGAGAUUGUGGGGCAAUGGAAAAGGUUUGCAUACAAAACUAGUACCUGUCCUGGUAGCAGCGGGGCUCUAGUGUACAGACUAGGUUGGUGGUCUGGCCCGAACCACAGUGGAGCUAACUCUGAGCUAAACUUCAGUGGGUUGGCUGUGGAAUAGAGUGUAAACAGUAUUGAUUCACGAUGGUUGACCUAAAGUAGCUAAUCAGAAGUGACUUGCGAUACACCGUUUUGUAUUUAACCUCGAUUUCUUUCUAUGCUUAUUUGUAGCUAGAUUUUGUUUUAUGCUUGUGUGUGGUUUUUUUUUUUGUUUUUUUUUUGUAUUGAAGGAUAAUAAAACAAUGUAAUUUCUUUCUAGUUAAUAAACAUUCUGCUUAAAAUUUUAAGUUUUGUUUUAUGAAUUAUGUUUGUUGUAUCUAUUUCAAUAUUGUUUCGUUGAAACGAACAAGCAGACGAUUAUGUGAUCAAAUUUAUAAUCGUCAUAAAAUCAAGUUGCAUAUAUUACGCUUGUGUCGACAAUAUUUUGCUCCAGGCUAAACGCCAUUUGUAGUUUAGUGUUAGUAGUAAGUUACGUUUUAUUUUUUUGAACGUGUUUAAAAACAUAAUAUUUUCUAUUGCACUCUGUAUUCCAGUGGUGUCGCCCAUGUAGGUCUAUGCCUGUGACUGCUACACCUAUUUUCCGAUGACAUUGGGAGUAUUUUUGGGUCAAUGUGCGCUCAGACAUAACUAAGACGAAAAUAAACUAAGCGAGAUUUUAUUCUAUUUUAAAAACUUUAAGUAUUUAAAAUGGAUUAAAAAUCAUGUCUACAGCCCGAGUUCCCAUCCCCUGUUUUUUUAUUUAAGAAUAUUCGAGAAAGUUUAGGGGAGAUCACUCCCGGUUUAUUAUUUACUUAAUCUUUUUAAAAUAGAAUAGAAUCUCGUAGAAAAAGAAUUGCACAACAAGUCAACGCCAAAUAAAAUGUGUAUAAUACUGCGGAAUAUUAUUAGUACUUUAUAUAUUCACAUCCGUUUUUUGAGAAAACGGAAAUAGCGUUAAUUACUACUCCCGGUCAACGGAAGUUACUCAAAGUUUAAAAGAAGGAAGAGAAUUAGAUCUUUUACUUAUAUGUGAAAUUUAAUUAAUCUAUCUGAAAUAGUAUUCAAGUUAUAGGCUUUUGAAAAAAUUUAAAGUUGAAAAAUUUCCACUUCCGUUUAUCGGAAAUCGCUGAAAAGUUGACACGGUUCUACAAAUUUGAUAGAAUACUUAUAUAUAAAAUUUCAUCUACCUAGCUGUAACGGUACUCAAUUUAUCCGUUUAUAGACACACACAGACACAUACUCACAUACAAACACAGACAUACGGACAAGAUUGCAAAACUAUGUUUUUUCCGACUCAGGGAGGUGUAAAACGUCGAGAUUUGUAAAAAUCUCGAUUUUUUUUUAACAAUGACAAUACUUUCUCUAUACUUUGUAUACGAGAAAGUAAAAAUAAAGUAUUGUUUACAUACAAGUUUCAAUAUAAUUAAGGCCGCAUUAUGACAGCUGAUCCUAAUCUUUGAAAGCCCGCCUGACCACCUCUUUUACU